AUGUUGGCAGUAUCAUUUAGUAGUGAUAAGACAAUCGAUCGUUAUUCUAAAAUAUCGUCUUUAGUGUUCAUUGUUGAUGAUUAUUCGUGUCAACAGUCAAUUCGUACGUGUUUAUUUCGUCGUGAUCAUUAUUCGGAAAAACAACCAUCAAGUAUGGAAUGUGAAGCUUAUAUUCAAAUACGCAAAUGUCUUGAAAUUGAUUUAGAUAUUCGUCACGAUUGUGAUAUAAGUACUACUAGUAAUUUAAAAACUAUUUUGAAUGAAAAUCAUCCGAAUUGUCAACAAAGUUAUACUCAAGCACUAUUAGCACUGUCACAUUCUAAGCAAAGGACUAAACCUUAUUCAAGUCUGUUUUAUAUUACAAUAAUUGUAGUCUUGAUGGUAUUUUCUUGUUAA